UAUAUAUAGAGAGUUAACUCUUUUCCCAAACACAGAGUACGCUACAGCAGCUCAUUUUGCUAAUCACACUUCCUCAAAUUUGGUUUCAGACUCACAUAAAAGGCCCUACCCCGCGAUAUUUGCGAACAGAUUUAAUUAAUCAUUUGCUCUCUCCUUUGUUUUACUGGCUCUGCUCGGGCGACACCAAUUGCAGAGAUGCAACGGCAACUGAGGGAGGAGAGUGAUUACGAUCAGCUUCCAGACGAUGUGCCGAUAUCUGCCCACAUUGCUGAUUCAGAACAUACCAAAGGAUUCAACAGCCACAUUGUCUACACAAUUCAGGUGAAGCAGAAAGGUGGAGGCAAAUAUUUCAUAUUCCGACGCUAUAAGCAGUUUCAUACCCUUCAGGCUAAACUACAGGAGAGAUUCAGUCUGGACAACAGCCCCAUCUGUGACUUGCCUCCGCUACCAGGGAAAAUCUUUAUCGGCAACAAGCAGGAAAUUGCAGAGAAGCGGAUCCCAGUUCUCAACACCUACAUGAAGAAACUUCUUGCACUGCCAACCAGGAUUCUCCUUGAUGAAGAUCUCCGAUUAUUCUUCCAUCAAACGGCUGAGGAUGCUGACCGGAUACCAAGGUCACUACGGCGACUGAGGCCUAGCACCAGGAAAAUCAAAACCCAAACAGAGAAGGAAGAAGUGGGUGAAAAAUCAGAAGCUCCACAGGCAGAGGCUGUGUACGAUUUUACUGGGAGCAGUGACUUGGAAUUAACGUUCAAAACUGGUGACAUUAUCUACCUUCUGAAGAGGGUCAACAAUGAUUGGCUGGAGGGCAUGCUGAAUAACUACACUGGGAUCUUCCCCCAGUGUUUUGUGAGGAUCAUUCAAGAUUUAUCGGAAGGAACUGACUCGAAAAGACGACUCACAGAUUCUCACAGGUUCCGAUGCAUCUACCACGAUAUCCAGUGCUCUAAGAUCAGGGAUGUAACUCUGAAGGAGGGUGUUCCUGUACAACCAGACUACACAGAACUUCUGUCCUUAAUGAGGGCUGAGUUUGGGAACAAAGCCAUCGCCCUUAACUAUCGCGACAUGGAGGGAGAUAUGGUGCGCAUUGUAGAUGACAUGGAUGUUGAAUUGAUGGUGUUGGAGGCCAAAGAUCACUCGUGGUUCCGAAAGCCCGAUUCCGCCCCUUGGGUACUGCACGUGACUAGAAAGGAUGAUUUAUCGGUGUACAACACAAAUCCCUGAGGCACAUUUGCGAACGAAUGUGUUUCUCUCAAGGGACUUAUGAAUUGGUUCAUUCUCAGUGACCCAUGCUAAUUAUUAUUCGGGUCAUCACCUCUUCUUUUCAAAGGAAUUUAAUUCUCCCUCAUCUGUACUCUUGCUCAUUUUCUUUUGGCUCAUCUGAUGUAGGAAGAUGGAAAAUGAUCAGUUGGACCUUGUCUGAUCACCAAUGCUGGAUUAGGUUUGACAAUCAGUGUUCUGUUUUUGAAUAUCUACAGAUCCCUCGGGAGGGACUAGUAUCCAUGACCUUGAUUUUUAGCUCAGAGGCACAUUCUGAAAAAAAAGUUGCCAUCCCCAUUGUCAUGCUGGGAUGCGAAAGAAAAACAGGCUUUUUUUUCUCAUUCUUGCAUGAGUUGUGAGUGUUGCUGGCAAGACUAACAUUUGAUACCCAUCCCGAAUUACUUUUGAACAUAAUCACUUGCUCAGCCACUUCACAGGUCACUUAAGAAUCAACAGCGUUGCAGCAGGAGUUUUGUGUAGGCCAGACCAGAGAAUGAAAGUAGAUUCCCUUCCCCCUAAUGAAGAAAAUGGGUUUUUAUGACAUGUAACAGUUCAGGUAGUUUUUAUUGAACUUUAAUUUUACUGCAGUGAGGUUUGAACCCCACUCCCCAGGACAAUAACUUGGAUCCCUAGGUUACCAGUCCAGUGAUAUUACCAUAACACUACCUAUGUGGUCCAUUGUAAUGCUGAAUUUAACCACUUCCACAUGUUAAGCAUGAUACCUGCCACUGGCAGCCAUUCAGGGGGUUAGGGUUGAGUUAAGAAAUUGGUUUGAAGUAGCACCGACAUUGGAUCGUCCCUGGUGGCACAUCCUCUGAGUUGGUCUCAAUGAAAAUCAGAUGAAAGUGGGGUCAGAAGUAGGUUAUCUCACAGCCAGGGCUUUCCUCUGAGUUGUGCAUUGGGAUGAGGUGGAAGAUGGGGGUGUGUGCAUCAGGCUCACUCUCCCCUCCAUCUCACUUUUCACCCACUCUCCACCUCGUAGUGCACCUUCCCUCACACACUCUCUAUUACUCAUCCCAUUCAAGUCAUGCACCAUGUUGACUUUGAACUAUAUCACCAUGGCUUCAUUUGUCACUAGGUCAGAAUCCUCAACUCUCUCCCUGACUGCACUGUGGGUGUACCUAACUGCUGCAGCUCAACACCGGCUUCUCAAGGGCAAUAAGGGAUAUAAACAAAUACUGGACGAGACAGCAAAGUCCCUGUCCCAUGAAAGAAUUAUAUUUAAAAAAUCAAGUGGGCAUUUUCAAGGUUUGUUUAUUUCUCAGCAUUCUUUCUGAGUUUAAAACUCAUGUGCAACCCCUAACCCCAACCCAUCUGCUUUUGUUUUAACAUUCAGUCUUGCCUCAUAACCCAGAUAUCUCAAACAUUAAUGACCAACUUCUGUCUGUUCCCCAGCAUUAGACAAACUCUCCUAAUGCCUGAGAGGUGAACACAACCCUCACGGAACCAUCGACUGAGCACAAUACACUUUGGUUCGUACACUACACUUUAAAAUCUUCAGUGCUACAUUUUAUUUCCUCUUUUUGACUGCUGUUUUUGAGGUGACUGGGAAUUGAGUCUACUAUAACCCCUGAACCUCUUUCAGUUUCAUUUAGAACUAUUGUGCUCAGCUUUAACUGUGGGUGACUAGAUAAUGGAUGAGAUUAAAUUGAUAACUGGUCUUCCCUUCCAAUGUGACUUAUGCAUUGUUGAACAACUAAGAUGAACACUAUUUGGUGGAGAGAUGUGGGCCAAGUAUUUUAGUCUGCUAAAUUUAAAUGAUUACAACCUACACCACACUGCAGUACAAAUAGUUGUGACUUGAUGUUUGCGUUCUUGCAUUUGUUCUGAUGGAGUGCAGGACAAGAAGCUUGUCGCUCCUUCAAGAAAGGUUCAACAUUUGUCCAACCCUAUAACUAUUAAAUUGGACAGUCUCUUGCACA